UCCUCGCAGGCCCAGAGGCGAUGCUGCGCAGGGAAGAUGGCACCCCAAGGCAGCGCACCGCUCCCCUCCCCUCCCCAAUGGCUGUUGGCUGUGCUGGCUGAGCAGGAUGACUGCAGCGGCGAGCUGGGGAUGCUGAACUGUUUUAAGCCCCAAGGGGUCACGAUCCACGGAUGGUGGAGGAUGCACCCACCACAGACAACUCGGUGCAAUGGGGGCAAGGAAGUUUAAGCUUGAGAUCUAGUGAUCCUGGCAAAAUCCCUUCCUGUCUCCCACUAAGUGCCCCUGAGAUUGCUGCAUGGUCACUCCUUCCAGCAGCAAUAAAACCUGAGUCUCAGAAAGAGGACAAUAAUGGUUGCCUAUCUCGUUCCUAGUGAUCUUUGCUAAAAAGCCAGGGGAGAGAGCUUUUUUUCCUUUGCAGCCAAGUAAGUGAUCAGCUGAACUGCAUCAGGAGGUGGGUGGGACCUUGCUGGCUUCAGGGGCCAUCCAGGGGCCAUCCAAGGGCUGCUGGUUGUGCGCUCUUGCUGGAGUCCAGCACAUCCAAAAGGACCAGGUUGAGGAAGCCUUGACAGAGGUUAAGUGUUUCUCCGUGUUGAUGCCUAACACCCACAUCAGCAGCUUAUACUUACCUGCAUGUCCUUCUCUACCGACGACCAUGUGGCAAGAGGGCUUUCUGGAUGUUUGCAGCCAUCCAACACUUGCAGUUCCCAGGAACCUCAGGCUCAUGCCCGUCCCAGUGCGCCCACGCCUGCAAUGGGAUGAUUCUCUAAAUCCCUUGCGGAUUAGCGUGGGCAGCCUCCCAGUGCUGGCGUCCAUGACCAAAGCAGCUGAUCCCCGUUUCCGCUUGCGUUGGAAGGCCAUUGUGGCAACCUCCCUGGCCCUGGUCCUUGUGCUGCUCCUACUCUGCUUCCAGCGUUCGCCCUCAGCAAGCAGGCCUGUUCUUCCCAAUGCUCAUAAUUGGCAGCUCAGUUCACUGGCUCAUGAGCGGUACAAUGACACCUACCCACUUUCGCCACCUCAGCGGAUCCCAGAAGGUGUACGCUACCGCAUCGGACUCAUUGCUGACCUUGACACGAACUCCAAGGGUUCUGGUGAGCAUACCUGGUUCAGCUACCUGAAGAAAGGUUACCUGACAUUGUCAUCUAGUGGUGACCAUGUGUCUGUUGAAUGGGAUACCAAGGAUGAAAUGUUGGAAUCUCACCUGGCUGAGAAAGGACGUGGCAUGGAGCUCUCUGAACUCAUAGUCUUUAAUGGAAAGCUCUAUGCUGUGGAUGAUCGCACUGGUGUGGUCUACCAGAUUGAUGGCACCAAGGCAGUACCUUGGGUGAUCUUAUCUGAUGGAGAUGGCACUGUUGACAAAGGGUUUAAGGCAGAGUGGUUGGCAGUGAAGGAUGAGCAUUUGUACGUGGGAGGCUUGGGCAAGGAAUGGACAACGACCACAGGGGAGGUACUGAAUGAGAACCCCGAAUGGGUGAAAGUUGUUGGCUACAAAGGUGAUGUAGCUCAUGAGAACUGGGUGGCCAAUUACAAUGCCCUCAGGACUGCUGCUGGAAUCAAACCCCCAGGUUACCUGAUCCAUGAGUCUGCCUCCUGGAGUGAGAGACUCCAGCACUGGUUCUUUCUGCCCCGCCGUGCUAGUCAUGGACGCUACAAUGAGCAGGAGGAUGAGCGCCGUGGCACCAAUUUACUGCUCAGUUCCACACCUGACUUUGCCGAUAUCACUGUGAACCACGUUGGUGAUAUCAUCCCCACUCAUGGCUUCUCCUCUUUUAAGUUUGUCCCUGACACCGAUGACCAGAUAAUAGUGGCACUAAAAUCUGAAGAGGAUGCUGGACAUGUGGCCACCUACAUCACUGCUUUCAUGCUGGACGGCCGUUGCCUCCUGCCUGAAACUCGCAUUGGUUCUGUCAAAUAUGAGGGCAUUGAGUUCAUCUGAUGGACAGAAAUGGAUUCUUUGAGACAGGCUGAUGGACUGGAGGAGGGUGGCUACACUUCUGCCCAGGGCUUUUGUCUCUAACUCUGCCUCAGCUGCAGAAUGUUGUCAUGGCACCGUUUUUACCUUUAUAAAAGGAAAUUUUGCUACUGUC